CCGUGGCUAGAGGCGCGCAGCCUGGCUUGGGCUCCCUGUCCGGCUCCGGAGGAUGCGGCGCGCCCAGGAUGCUACUGCGCCUGCUAGUGCCGCUGGCGGCGCUCCUCAGCCUGCGCCUCGGCCCCCGCGCGCACGGACUGCCCAGCCCUCCAUCUGUGUGGUUUGAAGCAGAAUUUUUCCACCACAUUCUCCACUGGACACUCAUCCCAAAUCAGUCUGAGAGUACCUACUAUGAAGUGGAGCUCCUGAGGUAUGGAGAAGAGUCCUGGAAGUCCAUCCGCAGCUGUAACCAGACCCUGGUGCUGUCCUGUGAUCUCACCAUGGUGACCCUGGACCUGUACCGCAGCAAUGGUUACCGAGCCAGAGUCCGGGCAGUGGACGGAAGCCAGCACUCCAACUGGACCAUCACCAACACUCGCUUCUCUGUGGAUGAAGUGACUCUGACAGUUGGCAGCGUGAAGCUCGAGAUGCGCAAGGACAUCAUCCUUGGGACCAUCCAGCCCCCCAGGCCCAAGGUGGCCCCUGCAGGCGACACAUACGAAAGUAUCUUCCAACACUUCCGCGAGUAUGAGAUUGACGUUCGCAAGGGACACUCUGCGUUCCUAAACAAGAAGGUACAACAUGAAAACUUCAGCUUCUCAGCCACUGGAAAAGUGGGAGAGUUCUGUGUCAGGGUGAAACCAUAUGUCAGCUCCCGACUGAACAAGGGUAUAUGGUCAGAGGAGGCGUGCAUCGUGGUCACCCCUCAGUAUUUCACCGUGACCAACUUCAGCAUCUUCUUCGCCUUCCUCCUGCUGCUCUGUGGAGCCCUGGCCUACUGCCUGGCCCUCCAGCUGUACGUGCGGCGCCGGGGAAAGCUGCCCGCCGUCCUGGUCUUCGAGAAGCCCAGUCCCUUCAGCCUCAUCAGCCAGCUUCCCUGCCCAGAGACCCAUGACACCAUCCAUCCCCUCGACGAGGAGGCCUUCCCCAAGGUGUCCCCAGAGCUGAGGAACUCGGAGCUGCACGGCAGCACGGACAGUGGCUUUGACAGUGCCAAGCCAUCCCUGCAGACUGAAGAGCCCCAGUUCCUCCUCCCUGCUCCCCACCCCCAGGCCGAGGAGGCUCUGGGAAAGGGGGUGCCCCCCGAGCUGGAGAACAGCUGCAGUAGCGGCAGCAGUAGCAGCACGGACAGCGGGAUCUGCUUGCAGGAGCCCAGCCUGAGUCCUGGCACGGGGCCCAACUGGGAGCAGCAGGAGGGGAACAACAGCCAGGGCCAGGAUGACAGUGGCAUUGGCCUAGUCCAAAGCUCGGAGGGGCGGCCUGGGGAGGCACAGGGUGGCUCAGCCUUGGGCCAUGUCAGUUCCCCAGGACCUGAGGUGUCUGGGGAAGAAGACCCAGCUGCGGUGGCAUUCCAGGGCUACGUGAAGCAGACCAGAUGCACAGAGGAGAAGGAAGCCAAGGCAGGCUGCCUGGAAGAAGAGUCCUCCUCAACAGAUGGCCUUGGCCCCAAAUUCAGGACGUGCCUGGAUGCUGAGGCGGGCUGGCCUCCGCCAGCACUGGCCAAGGGCUAUUUGAAACAGGACUCCCCAGGAAUGACUCUUGCUCCCUCAGGGGCCCCAGCUGGACAGUGGAACCAACCAACUGAGGAAUGGUCACUCCUGGGCUUGACCAGCUGUGGUGACCUCGGAACAUCUGACUGGAGCUUUGCCCAUGAUCUUGCCCCUCUGGACUGCGUGGCAGCCCCGGGCGGUCUCCUGGGCACGUUUGACUCAGACCUGGUCACCCUGCCGCUGAUCUCCAGUCUGCACUCGAGUGAGUGACUCAGGCUAAGGGGCUGCUUUUGAUUUUAGCCAUCCCUGGACCAGGAAGAGGGGCCCCAGGGGUCAGAAGUGAAACAUGAGGCCAGCCUGGGCACUCUUCUGCAAGCCCAGUGAUGCCAGCCUUAGCCAGGCCUGGCAUGGCUGGCUAGGGUGCCAGGGGCAGGAGGAGGCUGUCUCGCUAAACCAGCACCGCGCACGUGGGUGGCAUUGGCCUAUUCUGCAGACAGGGCCCUGCAGACUCUGGCAGAGCUGAGAAGGGCACGGCAGAGACCUCCUCCCUCCUUGGGACUCUUCCUGUUUUGUAAAGGAUUAUUUGCUCAGAGGAAUUGUGGUGUUUUCUGGAGUUGUGGUGAGGCCGCCAGACUGAAGUCACCUCAGACCCAGGCUUUCCCCUUAGGCCGGCUAUGUAUCAGGGCCUCCAGCAGGACUGAGGGCUGGGAUGAUGGGGGCCUCCAGAACUUGCUGCAGGGGUCAUUUCUAGGGGAAAAAGGAGGGAGCAGAGACCAAGUUUGACCUCUGGGAUGGUCAGAGCUGACCGUCAGCCUGGGGUGGUCACAGAGAGAAGCUCCCCCACUGGCCAGCCUCCCAAGCAGGGAGCUUGUCAUGGAAGAUCUUAAGGUGUGUCUGCCCUGAUCAGCCAGUUAGUCAAUCAGCCAUCGUUAUAGAGCUACAGGGGAGCUGAGAUGCAGAAUGGGGCCUCUGGCUCAGAACCGGUCCCUCUGGGGAUGUCUUUUGUCCAUCUGCAGACAGCUGCUUCUUUCCAGCAAAUCAGGUGGCAUCCCCCUGGGGCACUUGCAGUGGCCAAGCCACUCCUUAUCCCCACCCUGCUGUCCCCACCAUCUUGCUGACAGUACCAGAGAAACCAUGGUUGUUUGUAUUGGUCACGACUCAGCCCUUGAGACGGCCUCUGGACUUGGGUGCCAGCUCAUCUGCCCCAGAAUGUCAGGGUUGGUACCUGCACUUUUGUUUGCUGCUAACAUCCAGCUACAGACCCACAGGACAGGGCACUGGGCUGGGAUCCCUGCUGUCUCAGCGUUCAGGUGUGUGACCUUGGUCCAGCCACUUCUCAAAGGGCCUCAGUUACUCCAUCUGUGAAAUAAGGGGCCGUCCAUGCUGAAUGUUAACCAAGCUGUCCUCUGGGGUGACAUUGCCAACCCUAUCUGACCCUAAGCUGGGAGAAAGUAGAGUCUGGAACCCAUGUCUGCACAGAGCCAGCUUCUUUCUCAGGCUGAGGACCAACAGAUCUCAGCAUGGCAUCAUGCUAAGAGAGCUUCCAGACACUGGGCCCAGAAAGGGGGCAGUUGUAGGCCCUGGUCCCCACAGUCAGUUUGGAAUCUGUCUUCAAAGCCAGUUUACAGUCCAUGGGCCUGGAAGCUGGGAGAAGUGACAGGCCUGGGGAAUGCCCCUCAGAGUCAUCACAUGGCCCUGCACUUCUCUGUGGCAUUCUGAGAAUAGACAUUCUGGCCCAGGAAAUCCAGCCAGAACCCCUUGCACUCUGCCAAGAAGUUCUUAGGUGCCAGUCUGAUGACAACUCCCUCUGGAAGCUUAGGCUUGAGGGCGGACUCCUCGGGGUUUCCUUGGAAGGUUUAUUUAUUUAUUUUGUUCAUUUAUUUAUUGACGAGGCAGCAGAGUACAGUGAAAGAAUUCUGGGUAUUUCAAGAGCCUGGGAGUUCUAAUUCUGACUCCACUGUUUCUAGCACUGUGUGACCUUGGGACAGUCACUUUUCCUUAUCUGUUUUCUCAUCUGUACACUGAGGGGCCUCAGUUUCCUCAUCUGUAAAACCUGACUUGUUUCUUUCGUAGGGAUGUGAGGUUCCACUGAGGAAGUGGAUGUGAAUGUGCCUUGAACACCAAGCUCUGUAAAUGAGCGAUGUAUAUUUUUUAUUCCAAUAAAUUGUCAGGACCACA